AUGGCUCUUUUUCUCAACGCCUCCUUAUCUUCCACUUCCAAAACCCAUCACCGUCUUUCCUUUUCAACCACCUCCACAACUCCUCCUCCGUUUCUGAGAACCAAUCCGAAGCAAACUCAACAACCUCCUCCAAAACUCACAUUAUCAUUCGUCGAAUCCGUGUCUAGUGCUACCCUCGUCGCUCUUCUAUCUGCUUCUCUCUUCUUUGUUCAUCCCGCGCUAGCAUUCAAGGGUGGAGGACCAUAUGGGCAAGGGGUUACUAGGGGACAAGAUCUUUCUGGCAAAGAUUUCAGUGGCAAGACACUCAUCAAACAAGACUUCAAAACGUCUAUACUGCGACAAGCCAAUUUUAAAGGUGCAAAAUUAUUAGGUGCUAGCUUCUUUGAUGCUGAUUUAACAGGUGCUGAUCUUUCGGACGCUGAUCUUAGAAGUGCAGAUUUUUCUCUGGCAAAUGUUACAAAGGUAAAUUUGAGCAAUGCUAACUUGGAAGGUGCACUUGUAACCGGAAAUACAUCUUUUAAGGGAUCAAUUAUUACAGGCGCCGAUUUCACUGAUGUGCCACUAAGAGAAGAUCAACGCGUAUACCUCUGCACAAUUGCUGAUGGAGUGAACUCAACGACUGGAAAUGCUACGCGUGAUACAUUGCUGUGCAAUUAG